UGAAGGGAUUGUUCAUGGCUCCAAAGCGUGCUGGGAAGACUGUGGUCAGAUCCACCAAGAAAGUUGUGCAAACAAGUGUACAGUUUUCGGUUGUAAGCAGCAGCAAAAGAUUAACCCGAGGAAACAGAGAUAUUCAGACAGGGGAAGAAGCAAGUGCUCUUGGCCAAGAGCAUGUGAGGGUCAUUCCCGUUCAAGAAGUGACUCCUAAGGAUGCAAGUACCUCUACUACCACUACUGAAAACAAAGCAGAUCAAGAAAACACUCAAAAUGGUCGAGUCAAGAAUCAAAAGGAAGAGCAAAAUAGUGACAUUAUUAACGAAGAGCAAGUGAAGAAGGCCAAGACUCAAGAAAGGCAUGUUAGUAAAGAAAAAGGGAGGAAAAAAAGGGGAAGAGGAAAUGUAGAAGGGUACCAGAGAUACGUGUACAAAGUAUUGAAACAGGUUCACCCUGACAUGGGAAUUUCUUCUAAAUGCAUGACUAUAUUGAACAAUUUCAUGAAUGACAUGUUUGAGAGGCUAGCUAAUGAAGCUGCAAAACUGAAGAACUACACUGGACAUAUGACAUUGUCUUCAAGGGAGAUUCAAGGAGCAGUGAAGCUGGUUUUGCCAGGAGAGCUUGGGAAGCAUGCCAUUGCUGAAGGGGUCAAAGCUGUGAACAACUUCAUAUCCUAUGAUGCAUGA